AUGCAACUCGGACUCUCACUAGACGCACUAAUUGCCCAACGGACCGCCAAAGAACAAUUGCGAAAGCAAAAGAAAAAGGAAAUUCAAAAGCGAAUUAAAGAUAGCGAAAAGUUAGAUCGACCCAAUACUAACCCAACCCAACCAUCUCCCAGCACUACUACAACCGAGUUAAGUACUACUACUACUACAUCUGAAUCAACUACUACUACUACUACUACAACUCAAUCUAAACCUACAGUCAAGAAGAGAAGACUUAACCGAGAUGAAAAAACCCUCAUUCUAGAUAGUGCACUAGCUAGAACUCCAGAAGAUAUCAGAGAAAUCAAUGAAAAGGAGCUCAAAGAAGUCCUUAAAGUAGUCGUUAAAGUUCUUAAUACACUUCCUUCUGAACCUAUUAAGAUCAUGGCCUUCCCAGAAGAUCGUGAUCCUCAUGCUAAUCCUUCUAGUCGACGGGGAUCAGAUCGUUCUGAAAGUCAAAACAAUGAUUCUCGAUCGGGUCGAAAUCGCAAGCCUAUCAAACCUAUUCGACCGGCCAAGCAAAAGAAGGCAUUCCAGAAGAACUUUCUAUAG